AUGUUUCUGCAAAGGCAACACAAUUAUGUUGCUGUAGCAGGCAAUGAGGAUAUUGAAGAAGAUGAACGUUCAACUUCUUUGGACAUUCUUCCCACAGAGGCCAACUUCCUUCCUCAGUUAGAGGAGGUGCCUCAAGGACGCCAUUUGGGCCUCUUUUCCACAAUCGUGCUUUUCGUGAGUCGAAUAUUGGGUUCAGGAUUUUUGGCAAUUUCAAGCGGAAUGUAUAAUGAUUGUGGAAGAUCGCCAUUCUUCUUCUUUCUUUCGUGGAUAAUUGCAUGUGGGGCGGCUUUCGCUGGACUUUAUGUGUACUUGGAGCUCGGCCUGUUUAUUCCUCGAAGCGGAGGAACAAAAGCUUUUUUCGAGGUCAUUUACGAUAGACCUUAUAUGCUUGCUAGCGUGGUUAUCUCCCUAUACUCGGUCAUGUACGGAUUCACCAUCCUGAACAUAUUGGUCUUUGGGGAGUACUUCUUGCAUGCACUUGGGAUCGAAACCACAGAUUGGAACAUAAGGAUCGUCGGACUCACGUUGCUUUAUAUGACCUGCGCCUUCCAUGGAAUCAGCGUCCACCACGGAGUUCGUGUUCAGAACUUCAUUGGAGCUCUCAAGUUGAUCUUGGCUGCAUUGAUCGUGCUCACUGGCUUAUGGGUAAGCGUCUUUCCCCUGAAGAUCACAGGCAUUGAAUCACAAUUGCAUGCUCACGAGUUCUUUCCGCCAAAAAGCGAAAUCACAUUGGGCUCCUUCGCUAGUGCAAUCAUCAAAGGCACCUUCGCAUGUGCCGGGUGGAACACGAUCCAUACCGUCACCAAUGAAAUCAAAAACCCUAUACAUACCCUCAAGAUAGCAGGACCUGUCUCAUUGCUCAUAAUCACAGUCACAUAUAUCUUUAUCAACAUUGCAUACGUGGUGGUUAUUCCUGACAAGGAAAUUCUGGAGAGCGGACAGCUUAUCGGGUCAAUUCUCUUUGAGAAGAUCUUCGGUUACAGAAUAGGCAGACAGUUCUUGACAAUCGCCUCCGCUGUUUGCACGGCAGGAAAUGUCUUUGUGGUGUUGUACACGAUAUCUCGAGUAAGUCAAGAGGUCUUCAGAGAAGGCUUUUUGCCGCUCUCAAAAUUCAUGUCGUCCAACUGGCCUGGUGAUGCUCCACUUCCAACCUUGGUUCUCAGUUGCGCUCUCUCAACCAUCGUGGUCUUGGGAUCACCCCAUGGAGAUGUAUACAAUUACAUCGUCUCCCUUGAAAGUUAUCCUCAACAAUUAUUCGUGGCACUCUGUGCUGUCGGUAUUUUUGUCAUGAGAAGGAGGCAUCCCGAAUUCGAGCCCUCCAUCCGCUCACCUAUCAUCGGCACUAUUUUGGUGAUACUCCUCUCAUCAUACCUUAUAGUUAUGCCACUCACUGAUAAGAACCCCAAUCCAAAAGGAAUGGAGAAGUGGCCUCCAUACCCUUAUGUCGGUUUAUUCAGCUUGCUUCUCGCUGCGCUAUACUGGCUCUGUAUGUUCAAAAUUGGACCCAAAAGGUCAAAUUAA